AUGUGUGUUUUUAAUGAUCGGACAGAUGUUGCUUCUGUGACACCAUGGUCAGCUCCAAUCAUUUGGGAGGGAACCUUUGACCCCAUACUGAUCGACUCUAUCUACAAACAACAGAAUCUCACCAUAGCAACCACUGUCUUCGCUUUGGGAAAAUACACACGUUUUGUCAAAGAUUUUCUGGAGUCAGCAGAGCAGCAUUACUUUGUUGGAUUUCGAGUGCAUUACUACUUGUUUACAGAUCAACCAGAAUCAGUUCCUGAAGUGAAGAUGGGUGAAAACCGUAGUUUGACAGUUCGAAAGGUUCAGAGUUUUAAAAGAUGGCAGGACAUCAGUAUGAGCAGGAUGGAACAGCUGGAAAAACUAAUAGAGAAUGAACUGGCUAGUGAGGCUGACUAUAUUUUCUGCCUUGACAUAGAUACAAAGUUCUAUGGCCGUUGGGGUGUGGAGUCUUUGGGUCGUCUGGUAGGUGUGAUACAUCCUUGGUUGUUUGAUGCUCCAAGGGAUCGAUUUACAUAUGAGCGUAGACCAGAGUCUCAAGCAUACAUUCCAGCUGAUGAAGGGGAUUAUUAUUAUGCUGGUGCUGCAUUUGGUGGCUCAUUGGAGGAUGUACAUCAUCUCACCAAAACCUGCAGAUAAAAGCUGCACAUUGAUGCUGCAAACUCCAUUGAGGCGGUAUGGCAAGAGGAGUCUCACUUAAACAAGUAUUUCCUUUUGAACAAACCUAGUAAACUGCUCUCUCCUGAAUAUAUGUGGAGGGACAUCAAUGAAAGUGCAGCCCAAAUAAAAGUAAUUCGCUUCUCUAAUGUAGCUAAAAACUAUGCUGAAGUUCGUCCUAACCCAUAGUAACUGUUGCCAACUGUUGACAUGAUAUUUUCUGGGUACUACUGCAAAAAUAUAACCCGCCAUAUAACCUGUGGUAUAUGCUGAAACAAUGUGUGAAAAAUGACAUUUUGACACCAUACAAAUAUGUAUGUAUUCAUACCUCUAGAAACAUAAAAAUAUUUCCUUUGAAUUGUAUUUGUUUAUAUUUGUAUAAAUAUACAAUAUAAAUAUAUAUGAAUAUACAUUUUAACAUAAACACUUAUUAACUAUUGUAUAGAUAAUACACUAAACUGAGCUGGAAGAUGACAUCACUGAAUCAAUGAUGAAAUUACUAAAAAAAAAUUUUAACAGUCACUAUUUACUAUUGUUCUCUUGCAUUAACGAUACACUAUUUUCCUGUUUAAGGCUUUGACACAAU